CCGUCGCCUCAGAUGGAACGCGCCAAUCCGAGCCGCUGAGCGGGGCCGCUCCGCCCGGCUUCGGGCUGUGCCAUUGCUGACGGGCGGGAGGGGGGUCUCGCGGGGAAGAAAAAGGGGUGGAUGCUGGCGGCGCGGCGGGCACUGUGGCCGGGUUGCCGCUGCGAGCGUAGGAAGAUGAAGCUGCUGCUGGCGGCGGCCCUGCUGGGGCUCGGCGGAUCUCUCCUGCUGCUCUUUUUCCCGGCCGCGCACGCGGAGGAGCGUAAAAAGGGCCCUAAGGUCACGCAGAAGGUAUAUUUUGAUCUGCGGAUCGGGGAUGAAGACGUGGGGCGAGUCGUCAUCGGCCUCUUUGGAAAGACCGUUCCGAAGACAGUCAAGAACUUUGUUGACUUGUCCACAGGAGAGAAAGGGUUUGGAUACAAGGGCAGCAAGUUUCACCGUGUGAUCAAGGACUUCAUGAUCCAGGGAGGAGACUUUACCCGUGGAGAUGGCACAGGAGGUAAAAGCAUCUACGGGGACCGUUUCCCUGAUGAGAACUUCAAACUCAAGCACUACGGGACUGGCUGGGUGAGCAUGGCCAACGCCGGCAAGGACACCAACGGUUCUCAGUUUUUCAUCACAACCGUCAAGACCUCGUGGCUGGAUGGGAAGCAUGUCGUCUUCGGCAAAGUCCUGGAAGGGAUGGAUGUAGUGAGAAAAGUGGAGAACACAAAAACAGACAGUCGGGACAAGCCCCUGAAAGAUGUCACCAUUGUUGACUGCGGGACCAUCGAGGUGGAAAAGCCGUUCGCCAUUGCCAAAGAGUGACCUGGGCCCAUCGGAGGGCUGGAGUCUAGCUACCAAGGGCUCAGGGGCCUGCGUUUGUCCGGAGGCCUCACACUGUCAUCCUCCAGCGGGUGAGCUGUUGCCACUCCUCGCCUCAGCCCUUCUGGCUGGGGCCUCCAUUCUCGUCACGGCAACUCAUUCCAUCAGCUGUUGUGGAGAUUAAGGCCCCGAGAAGCUUUGGGGGUCUUUCCUUUUUUGGGGGUAAGAAAGCACAUGGACCAAUAAAUGCGACCAUUGUGUUUUUGUA